UUUGAAUAAGUGUUUGGAUUAUCAUACACUUUAAUGGCAUUGGUUUACUUUACCGAUAUUAAAGCCUUUGAAAAUGAUACAACGAAUAGCAGACGGAAUAUUGGAGCUGACCGUCUAAUGAAAGGAUCGCGUUAAUUCCAGUGCUAUUAAAACAUUAAAAGGUUGAAGUGUUUAAUUUCAAUGUAUUUCAGCACACAAAUACCUAUGGAUAACAGAGUGACUUGCAGUUUGAUAUAAAUCAUAGUUACAAGCAAGUGCUAAAGUUUUAAAUAUUUGUUUUCUUAAUGAUAAUCAACGGGGAGAUUGGAACACUUUUAGAAAAUUUAGACGCUAAUAGAAAAGCACUGUCAGCACGGGUUAAUCUUAUGUGAGCGAGUACAUAUCUAGAGAAACUUAACUGAGAGAACAUACCGAACAAUAAACUCGGAUAUAUUUGACGGAUUAAAUAUCAAGAUACAUGACUUUUCACAGUGUUAUAUCAGGGAAUGAAAUGUUAUAAUGGAUAUUAUUUCAUGAAAUACGCUACAGUAAACGUACUGAUAUGUAUGUAUUGAUUUAUAUCAAAGUGACUUUUUAAAUCCAGUGAAGUGGAUCGUUUAUGGAGCCAGUUAAAAGUUGUUGCUUAUAAUUUAACGUUAACAUAUACAGUAACGCAAAAUGUUUACCACGUUAAGCAAAGCUGAUUCAAAAUGACUUGUUGAUAUUCGUUAUGAAUUAUUCUGAAAACAUUUGAGAUUUGUAUUCGAUAACCUCUAAAAUUACAUGGAACAGCUAACACCAAUGUGAGAAGAACUUAUCGUAAAAUUUGAUUCCUUUCAAACCUUAUUAACCGUGGAAUCGACACCUUAUACCGGAAAAACAAUACUGGUAUAUCCAAAACAGAGAACGAGAGUUGACAUUUCACUGAACAUUGAUACAAAUGACAAAUAUGUAUUAACAUAUCAGUAAUAUCCAGUCGAUUAAUCAAACAUAAAAUCAGAUUUACAUACGACUGAAGUGAAAAUGGAAUAAAUCUGAAAUAACAUCAAUUUAAACAGUCUCGAAGCAUGAGGUUUGUUGAAGGAAUGAACAGUUUCCGGGAGUCGUUAGCUGAGAGCCCAUUACCUUCUUUUCGACUAGGGAGCGCUAGCAUCAAGUUAGAUAUGAGCGACACAUCGAGUGACGAGUCUUUAGAUUUUGAUGCUGCGUCUACUUGCACAGAGACGGAAGACGGACGUCUAUCAAGGUCGCUACAGUCUUGGAUGGUGGGCCAUACUUGGUCGACUGUCCAACCGCUGGAAAAACCACCAAGGGAGCCGAUAUUUAGUGCAAAGCUUGGAAAGGAACGACGGGUUAAUAACAAAAAGCGUGUUCAAAUUAGGACACCACAAAAAGGAUCUAAAACUCCAACCGCUGAUCUCAUUGAAACGAACAAUAAAACUAACCAGUUGAGACGAAUACCAAGUGAUGAAUCAAUUCAAACCCAACUAUCUCUGUUGACUUGUUCCUCUCUUGAUAACAAGACAGAAUGUCUGCCAAACGCACAAGAAAAGAAGCGUAAAAAGCGCCGCGCAGCUUCCAGGGCGUCAACGACUACAGACGAGAGUGGUGGUGUUAAAUCUAAGUGGGUGGUGUUUGCUACACGACGAGUUGGUGCUUUAAACCAGUUACUAAGAACACAGAAUGCCAUGGCUAAUAGCUACGGAGUAAUGUACGCGGGUGGGGAGUACGAACAUGAAUCUGAAGCUUUCAGAAAUCUAGAAAAAGACGAGCAGACCUCCCUUUUUACAGCUGGUAUUACGAGAGGUCUUAGAUAUAUCGACAAAACUGCAAUGAAAAAAAGUGAUAGUCUGUUUGAUCUCCUUGAUUUGAUAGAGAAAAAAUCCGAAAAAGCCCCAUUAAAACGGACGUUGUCAGCAAACGCAAAACGACCAUGGGGUAAACUGCUUGAUAUAGCUGAUCUGAAGAGAGAGCGAAUGAAUCGUUUACUUGCUAUUGAACAAGAACGACUAAGAAAGGAAAAGGAGACAAGCAGACGAAGUAAGAGACCUUCUCGUAAAUCUUCAUCUUCGCUACUAGAUGUUGUGUCGUCGUCUCCGUCUGCAAGUCACUUGGGUUCAGUUACAAGUGAAACACCAAGGUCAGUGCAAGGAUCGGACUAUAGAACGCACUCACCUUCAGAGAUGGAGAGUCGAAUUGAGGAGGAAAACGAAGAAAAGGUUACUGUUUGGAAAGGGGACAGAGAGAUCUUGGAAAUAGAUCUAAAGCGGGAAUUUACACAGAGAGUGAAGGAGAGAAUAACAAUAACUCGGACCGCGUUAAAACGUGCCACUGGUUAUGGUGAAUCGAAUGAUAGACAAGAGACGAUAGGAACAAUUGAAGAAUUUCCGCUUCAUACUGAUGAUGAUUUUGCUCAUAAACCAAGAAUUAUUCAGAAAAUGAGAAUAUCACCACAUCUUAGUGGAGUAAUACAUGAUGACAUUCAAGUAAGAAUGGGUAGACCUCGAUACCACGAAAUUAAAGAAACUGACCUUGAUCAAUGGAACAGAGGACAAGCCCUUGACCGGGCACAUAGGAACCUGAAAGUGUUCAACUGGUUGCAUAGUAUCAGGAAUAACAACUUUGCAACAUGUAGAGCGCCUGAAAUAAGGGAAUUAAGCGAUGAAGAGGUGGAGGAACCUGAACAUAUAGAAGCUGCUGACGAACCUGAUGUUAAACCUCUCUAUCGAGCGUACGAAGUUAAUAUACUGUAGAUUUUGUGUAACUGUAAAUUGAAACAAAUGAUGAUUUAAAAUAGACUGUACAAACGAGUAAUGAAUUCAGAUACUGGAAGCACCGUUUUAAGUUAAAGGUUUAAAUAUAAAAUCAAAAUCAACGUUUCAUACUGACUCCUAAAAGCUUACCAUGUAUGUUCGAAUGUUAAGUUGACAGACAUAUUAAUAAGACAUAUGCCAACACGAAGUUCCCAACUAAUAUCUGUCGUCUAAAUGUCCAUGGACUUUUUCUGCAUUCUGCAAAACGAACGAUGAAAUUUGUAAUGUUUUAUUUCGUAAGGUGUCGUUCAACCAGUCUGUCUUAUUUGUAGUGUUACUAUGUUGUACAGUGUAAUUCUAGUUGGUUCAUUUAUUAAUGCUCUUAAUAUACAAUACGUUUCCCGUUCAGUACAACAUGUGUUCUUGCCAAGUAUACUUCAAUACACUUUUUUGUCUUUGAUGUACAUAUAUCUUAUUCCGCUAUUAUAUGUGAAAUGUAAAUCUUAAGACUAUAUGUUCAAGACGAUGUUGCAAGAUGAACACAAGCCGUGUGCCUAUUGUAUAUCUGGAAACAAGUUGGGUAUCGAACGCUAUUCUUGUUUUUGCCUUUUAAACCUUUAUAUUUGUUUAUGGAUCUCUAAAGAUAGUUUUCGUCUUUUGUUUAUUUAUUAUAUAUAUUUUAACUGUUUUAUAUUUCCUGAGUAGAUCUAAACCUACUCGAAUAUCCAAGAGCACUGAGUUUGUGACUAUCAAAAUUAAUCCAUGUCUAUAUCGUAUAAAAAUAAAACUUAAAA